UUACGUUCUCCUUUUGCUCUAGGGCCAUGCAUUGCACAGUAUUGCAUUGCAUUGCAUAUAUAUUUUAGAUUCCACUAAACAGCAAUGAAAAGGUUAACAAUAAUAUUAAUGUUAUUUAAAAAAGUGAUAAUUUUGCAACUGUCAAAAAAUGUAAAACAGUGGCGAGUCACAACCAAUCUGCUUUUCAUUUGAGCCUCUGGUGCUGACAGAAGGCAAAUUAGAAUGACAGGUUGGUAGCAGGUGGAUAGAAAUUCAUAUGUAGUCUAUAACACUGCAGGCAGGAUGGAGUGUGAGCUUCAGGAAGAAGUUAACUAUGGUCUCGCAGACCAGCUGCGCAGCCCUGUAAAGAAGAGGGUGAAAAUACAGGCGAGGGGCCAAUGGACAAGCAAAACAGAGUUCAUCCUGGCUGCUGCUGGGCAGAUUAUCGGGCUGGGAAACUUGUGGAGGUUCCCGUACCUGUGCUACAAAAACGGAGGAGGUGUGUUCUUGAUUCCCUACCUGCUGUUCCUGGUGUUCUGCGGGAUACCUCUGUUCCUCCUGGAGACGGCUCUGGGGCAGUACACCAGCCAGGGGGGCAUCACCGCCUGGAGGAGAAUCUGCCCCCUCUUUGAAGGUAUUGGAUAUGCCAGCCAGGUGAUUAUUGGCUACAGUGUUGUAAACUACAUCAUCAUCCAGGCUUGGGCUCUCUUUUACCUGUUCCACUCCUUCAGCUGGGAGCUUCCCUGGGCUAGCUGUAGAAACACCUGGAAUACAGGUACCUGUGUGGAAUUUGAUAAGCAUAAUGUCACAUCCAAUGGGACGAUCCCAGAAAAUGCUACAUCACCGGCCACAGAGUUCUGGGAGAGGCGGGUGCUGAGUAUAUCUGGUGGGAUCGAGGAGGUGGGCAGCCUGCACUGGGAGCUGAUGCUGUGCCUCCUACUUUGCUGGAUUAUCUGCUAUUUCUGUGUCUGGAAGGGAGUCAAAUCCACAGGAAAGGUGUACUUCACGGCCACGUUCCCCUACCUGAUGCUGGCUGUCCUGCUAAUCCGUGGACUCACUCUGCCUGGAGCUGUGGAUGGGAUCAUCUUCUACCUCUACCCAGACCCAGCGCGGCUCGCCGAUCCACAGGUGUGGAUGGAUGCAGGGAUACAGAUUUUCUUUUCUUAUAGCAUUUGUGUUGGAAGUCUGAUCACCCUUGGCAGCUACAACACGUACAACAACAACUGUUACAAGGACUGUAUGUACCUGUGCCUCCUGAACAGUGGAACAAGCUUUGUGGCCGGGUUCGCCAUCUUCUCAGUGCUGGGCUUCAUGGCACAUGAGCAGGGAGUGCCCAUCUCAGAGGUUGCUGAGUCUGGUCCUGGCCUGGCGUUCAUCGCAUACCCACGCGUGAUGGCCAUGAUGCCACUCCCUCAGCUCUGGGCCUUCUGCUUCUUCCUCAUGGUCUUCCUGCUGGGGGUGGACACUGAGUUUGUUGGUCUUGAGAACCUAACCACAUCCAUCUCCGACAUGUACCCGUCGUUCUUCCGACAAGGUUCUCGUAGGAAACUCCUCCUGCUGUUCAUCUGUGUUGUCAGCUUUCUCAUCGGGCUCCUCAUGGUCACAGAUGGUGGAAUGUAUGUCUUCCAGCUGAUUGAUUACUACGCCUGCACUGGGACAUGUCUGAUGUUCCUCGCUAUUUUUGAAACCAUUUGCAUUGGUUGGGUGCUGGGUGGCAACCGUUUUUAUGACUGCAUAGAAGACAUGAUUGGCUACCGGCCUUGGCCUCUGAUUAAAUACUGUUGGCUCUUCUUCACUCCAGCCAUCUGCAUUGGGAUCUUCAUCUUCUCCCUGGUCAAGUACACCCCACUGAAGUACAACAGGACAUACGAGUACCCGGCCUGGGCAUACACCCUCGGCUGGUUCCUCGCUUUCUCCUCCAUUUCCUUGGUCCCUCUGUGGAUCGUCUUCAAACUCACCCGUACCAAGGGAACCAUGCCAGAGCGCCUUCGCCUGCUGUGCCUCCCUGCCAGCGACCUGCCCCUUGGCAAGAAACAGAAAGCAAGCAGAUGCCCUUUCAACUCUGAGCCCAGUCAGCAGUGUGGGGAGACUGAAACAGCUUGCAAGAAAGAGUAUGAAACUGAAGACGCUCCUGUAUGAAGAGAAACAAAAGCUACUUACUUUAAGAAAGGAACAUACUAUUGUAUUUAGUGCAUGUUUAUCCACAACUUUAAACACUCAAUUAUAAAUCUUAUGUAAAUCUACUAAAGCAACAACAACUGUGUACAAUAUUCUCCAGGGUAGCCCCAAUUGUGUAAAACUAUUACCACGGUUUGAUGUUUGCUUUUUUUUCCCCACACGACAAAAAAAUUGAACUUCGUUACCAUGGACUCAAAUGUAUCUUUUUUCUUUUUUAAUAUACAAAAAAAGAUACAGGAGAUUUUCACCAAAAUAUCAUUUUUUCGAUUUUCAAACUGUAGAUGAAAUAACGGAAAAAUGAAAACAGCAAAGCAUAUUUUCAGCUUUCCAAUUUCAGAAAACUGGUAAAAAAAAAAAAAAGUUGAAUUGAUAAGCGUUCCACUACGGAACACCUAAAGGGACAUUGUCAAAAAUCAAAAAAUAAAUACUGUGGCGUGCACCGGGGCUCUAUGCAAGUUAGUUACAAACGCAUGGGAUUGUGGGUAACCUGUAACUGGGAAAAGGGGCAAUUAAACAUGCAGGGGACUGUUAUAAAUGUGGGGUGUAUGCUGUGUAAACAUAGGGGACACUGGGUGAUGGUGGUUUGGGGGCGAGGGCUGGUGGUCACUGUGAAAAGGGGGAUUCUUCCCUGUGGUGACCCCCUCUGCUUUUAGUGUGUUUAAGCAGACACCCUUUAAACUCUGCAAUAAUAAACUGCUUGAACAUUUGCUGAGUGUGUCAGUUGUCUUUUAGCCAAUCACAUCAUUGUGAUCACUUCCAGGGUGUCCUUGUAAGGGUUUUCUCCAAACCCUUGUCUCGUUACAAUACUACCACGUGUGCACCAGAUACUAUCUUUCUGACUGCAGCAGACACCAGGUGUUCUCGGUGGAUAGGUUAGGAGACAAUCACUAUAUUUUCCUCAUGGCAUAACAACUACGCAAAACUGGAGUGCUUUUAGAUUCAUGCUAUUUUAACGUAAAUACAAUAUUUAUUGCAUUCAAUUGUAGUCUCUUACUAUCUGGAACAUUUCACUUGUUUAUAAAAGGAAAUGCAAAAAGAGCCAUUUGAGUCAUGUUUCAGGAUUUGGGGCUUAAUUAUCUUGAUUUAUCAUGAAGAAAAAUAUACACGUAUGUGCCCUUUCCAUUAUACAUUAGGCUACGUCAUACAAGUUCACAGUUCCUGGAGACUAACCCACAAGAGAAAACUAUUUUACACCAUGAAAGUGUUCAUGAUAAGGAGUAAAUUGAGUCGUGUGUCUCAGUGAAUUAUGAUCAUUAUUGGGACCGACACAUUGAUGAUCAAGCUCAAUCCUGCUUUUGUUCUCAGAAAAUGGGUGCAACUGCAACAGAAAAUACAGCUCAUCUGUGAAAAUGACAGCAUUGCAAAGACUGAGAGAGACAUGACAAAAAAGAGAAAAUUAAAUGAGACUGCCAUAUCUGUAGUAUUUCUGUCUGUAGUAUUUUGUAUUUAAUUAUAU